AUUCAGGAAGUUGUCUCUGGGAAUGUGUUGUCUUUCUGACAGAGGAGUCAACUCCUCCCAGCUAAGUUAAUUGUUAGCUAAUAGUAUCUAAUAAAUAGCUAUUGUUAUUCAGAAAAGGGAACGAUGGAGGUCGACUCAGUCUUCUACACUGAUCAUAGCGGAAGAGUCCACAAUAACCCACUGUUGGACCAGCUCCCCAGCUACCAGUCCCUGCUGUACCGCAGGAAGUCUUCCAAUAGUGGCACCAAACGAAGGAGCAGCUCCAGAGGACGAUCUGGUUCGUCUGGCAGUGGGAAAUGGGGCGUGAGCACUGUCAGCCGACGUGAGGAGAAACAGAAAAGUCAGACGGUGCAGAGACCCAUCAGGGAACUACCCACGACCGUGGCGGAGAAACGCAGACACGUAACACAGCGCUUGGAGGAGGCCCGAGAGCUCAGUAGUUUGAGACAGUUGAGGCAAAGCACCCGCAGGCAUCUGCGGAGGCUGAGGGACGAUGCCCAGGCAUGGCUGAGCUGGCUGAAGCUCUGGAGGGGAGACAUCCGCCUGAUAGAGGGGAUGUUCGGCACAGGGAUCCUGUCUUACUUCUCCUUCCUGCGCUUCCUCGUCAUGCUCAACUUGAUCAUCUUUGUGCUCAUGUUCAGCUUCGUCAUGUUACCCCUCAUCAUAGCCCCCCAUGUUUCAGGGAAUAUCACCUACACCCAGAAAGUUGGAAGUGUGUGCAGUGAGUAUUCAGGCACUGCCCGUCGAGGUCUGGUCAACUUUCAUGAGCACAUUACAGAUCUGCUGUCUGGUGGAGGCUUUCUGGAACGGACCUAUCUUUUCUACGGCUACUACAAGGUGGACAAAAUACACUUUCCCAAGGCCACUUACAAUUUGCCAUUGGCCUACCUGUUGGUCACCAUAGCCUACCUGUUCCUCAGUCUCAUCUGGAUUGUUAAAAGGUCUGCCACGGGAUUCAAACGCAACCUGAUUCAGGAUGAGGAUCGCUUUCAGAGCUUUUGCAACAAGAUUUUUGCUGGCUGGGACUUCUGCAUCACCAACGAGAACGCCGUGAGGCUGAAGAGAAGCAGUUUGCUGUAUGAGCUCAGGACGGAUUUGGAGGAGGAGAGGAUCAAACAGAAAAUAGCAGAUCGCACCCGCAAGGAGAGGUGUCGGAUUUACCUCAUCCGCCUCAUUCUCAACCUGUUUGUCAUUGGCGUACUGGCUGCAUGCUUCUACAGCAUUUAUUCAGCCACCAUCUUUUCCCAGAAAGUACAGAUGGAUAACAUAAAGGAGAAUUUCAUUGUGGAUCUCAUCUAUGAGUAUCUACCCUCAAUAGUUAUCACCUUGGCCAACUUCGUCACCCCCCUCCUCUUCUCCGUUAUCAUCAACUAUGAGGACUACUCGCCUGCCUUCGAGAUCCGCUUCACUCUCAUGAGGUUCAGUGGCUUCCCUCUUUGUUCACUCUUUGGGGGAAAGCGGGAGGUGUGGUUGAUAGUGAAUUACUGUGACUGUGGCCUGGCUAAGUGGUGGGGCCAGCAGGAGUUUGCUAUUCCUCAAAAUGUGUUAGAGAUCGUCUACGGUCAGACCAUCUGCUGGAUCGGCACGUUCUACAGCCCGAUGCUGCCUGCCAUCUGCACUAUGAAAUACUUCUUUAUCUUCUAUAUCAAAAAGGUCUCAUUGAUUAACAACUGCCGUCCAGCCACACGUCCGUUUAGAGCUUCCAGCUCCAACUUCUUCUUCCUGGCUGUGCUGCUGAUAGGCCUGGCGCUGGCCUGUGUGCCUGUCACUUUUAGUAUGGCACAAAUAAACUCUUCCCACGCCUGUGGACCAUUUGUUAAUUACAACACCUCCUGGGAGGUGCUGCCAACUGCAGUAUCCGAGCUACCAGAUAGAAUCCAAAAACUCCUCUUGGCUCUCUCAUCAGAGGCCUUCGCCGUCUCCUUCUUUGUUGUUACAUGUUUGGCCAUGUUUUAUGUGAUUGCACUAGCUGGAGCUCACAAGAGAGUUAUUAACCAACUAAGGGAGCAGCUAGCCAUGGAGGGCCGUGACAAACGUUUCCUGAUCCAAAAGCUGUGCCAGGCCCAGAGGCUGUCAGCUAUCAAAUCCCCAGUGUCCAAAUCUCAGCCCCGCAGAAGCAGCCCCAGCUACCACACCAGCUUCUCCAACAAUUUUAACGAAGCUGUGUUCCUGGCACACUCCCCUCCAGCGUCCUCCACACAUCAGCUCAGCUGGUACGGAACCGGAGGCAGCGUGCUGUUGCUCGACUCUUCGAGAUAUCAGUCAGCCAAAAUGUUGAGAAUUACGAUCCGGGCAGACGUGGGGGCCCUUUGGGUUUUAUUCUGUAUCACCUAUUCCCAGUUAUUGACUGUUUCGUCUGAGGACAUUGUGGUGGCAUGCGGGGGAUUUGUGAAAUCCGACGUUGAGAUCAAUUACUCUCUGAUCGAGAUUAAACUGUACACAAAACAAGGUUCUUUGAAAUAUCAAACGGACUGUGCUCCAAUCAAUGGCUACUUCAUGAUCCCCCUCUAUGACAAGGGAGACUUUGUUUUGAAGAUUGAGCCUCCUCUCGGGUGGAGCUUUGAGCCGACCAGUGUCGACCUCCAUGUGGAUGGAGUGAGUGACAUCUGUACAAAAGAAGAAGACAUCAACUUUGUUUUCACUGGCUUUUCAGUCUCAGGAACGGUUCUGAGUAAAGGCCAUCUCCUGGGUCCGGCUGGAGUAGAAGUCAAACUCACCCCAGCAGGAACAGAGGAGAAACUCCAGAGUGUCGUCACACAGCCUGGAGGAAAGUAUACUUUUUUAAAAGUACUCCCUGGAAAUUAUGACAUCACAGCUGCCCAUCCCUCCUGGACUCUGGAGCAGAGCACCACCUCAGUGCUCGUCUCCAAUGCCAAUGCCCCGGCCGCCGACCAUCUGGUAGUCGGAGGCUACGAUGUCUCGGGGGAGGUCCGCAGUGAUGGAGAGCCCAUGAAAGAGGUCACCUUCCUACUGUACUCUGCCGCAGUCAAGAAAGAGGACGUUGGUGGCUGUAACACAUCCCCAGUGGAUGGGGCAGAUUCUGGGGACAGCUCCCUAGUCUACCUGUGCAGCUCUCUGUCCAGGGAAGAUGGGACCUUCGUCUUCCCCUCACUGGCCAGCGGCGACUACACCGUGGUGCCCUUCUACCGGGGAGAACGGAUUACGUUUGAUGUCGCUCCUUCUAGGAUGAAUUUUAAGGUGGAACACAACAGUUUGAAACUGGAGCCCAUCUUCCGUGUCAUGGGCUUCUCAGUGACAGGCCGAGUUCUCAACAGCGUGGGUGGGGAGGGUGUCUCUGAUGCCACAGUGUCCCUCAACAACCAGAUCAAAGUGCUCAGCAAGGAGGAUGGUUCUUUCCGGUUGGAGAACAUGACUGCUGGUACCUACACCAUCCGUGUCAGCAAGGAGCUCAUGUUCUUUGAGCCAAUCACAGUGAAGAUCGCCCCUAACACACCCCAGCUGCCUGACAUCAUCACAGCAGGGUUCAGUGUGUGUGGCCAGAUCUCCAUCAGCCACUUGCCCGAGGGCAUGAAGCAGCAAGGCCGCUACAAAGUUUCUCUGACACCCCCGGGCCAAGACAAUGCCGCCAGCAGGACCAUCGACUCUGAUCCUCAGGGGGCCUUCUGCUUCCAGGCCAAACCUGGAGACUACAGUGUCCAUGUGUCGCUCCCCGAGGCCGAGGUAAAAGCAGGCCUGGCUCUCCAGCCUCAGGCCCUGGAGGUCUCCCUUGUAGACCAGCCCCUCACAGACCUACUUUUCACCCAAUUUAUGGCUUCUGUCUCUGGAAAAGUCUACUGUUUAGCGUCCUGCGACGACCUGUCGGUAACCCUGCAACCAGUGAGUCGGCAGGGAGAGAGGAGGACGGUGUCGCUGCCUGGCAACAGUGACAUCCUCAGCUUCUCCUUUGACGACGUCUUACCAGGGAAAUACAAAGUGAGUAUUACUCAUGAGGAGUGGUGCUGGAAGCACAAGUCCAUAGAAGUGGAGGUUCUGGACUCCGACGUUGUGGGGGUGGAGUUCAGACAGAUUGGCUACAUCCUGCGCUGCUCCCUCUCCCAUGCCAUUACUUUGGAGUUCUUCCAAGAUGGCAGCAAACCUGAGAACGUCGGCGUGUACAACCUCUCUAAGGGAGUCAAUCGCUUCUGCCUCUCCAAGCCUGGUGUUUACAAAGUCACCCCUCGCUCCUGCCACCAGUUUGAGCAGGACUUCUACACGUACGAUACCUCGGCCCCCACUAUCCUGACCCUCACCGCAGUGCGCCAUCACAUGACUGGGCUCAUCACCACCGACAAGAUCCUAGACGUCACAGUUACUAUCAAAUCAUCUAUUGAGAGUGAGCCGGCGCUGGUGCUGGGUCCCUUGCGGAGCCUAGAGGAGCAGAGGCAGGAGCAGCAGCUGCAAGAGAUUCAACUGCGCCGUCAGGAACGUGAGCGCCGCGCCGCCGAAGAGGACGGGGGUGCCAGGGACGAUAGCCCUCCUAUCCAAGAGAAAGCCGAUGAACUGACAGGCCCCUUCCACUAUGAGUUCUCCUACUGGGCCCGGGCUGGAGAGAAGAUCACAGUGACACCCUCAUCCAAGGAACUACUGUUCUAUCCUCCUGAGGUAGAGGCAACUAUCACUGGAGAGUCGUGUCCAGGUCGGCUGGUGGACAUCGCAGGGCGUGCAGGUCUCUUCCUGGAGGGCAAGGUGUCACCGGAGCUACAGGGUGUGGAGAUCUCCAUCAGUGAAAGAGGAACUGCUGUACCGCUCGUUACCGUGGCCACCAAUGAGAUGGGAGCAUACAGCGUGGGUCCGCUCCACAGCGACCGGCAGUACGACAUCAGUGCCAGUAAAGAAGGUUUCGUCCUGAGUCCAGUGGAGGGAACCCUGGGAGAUUUCAAGGCGUUCGCGCUGGCUGGUGUCACCUUCAAGAUCAAAUCGGAGGAUGGUGUUCCCCUGUCAGGUGUCCUCCUGUCUCUGAGUGGAGGACAGUUUCGCUCCAACCUGGUGACUCAGGACACCGGCCUGCUCACCUUUAAUAACCUGAGUCCUGGUCAGUACUACUUCAAGCCCAUGAUGAAGGAGUUCCGCUUUGAGCCAGCGUCUCAGAUGAUCACAGUGGAGGAGGGUCAAAACCUCAGUAUCGACAUAACUGGCAUUAAGACUGCGUACAGCUGCUACGGAGCGGUGCAGUCUCUGAGUGGGGAUGCAGAGAGGGAUGUGGCCGUGGAGGCGGUGGGACAGGGAGAGUGUAGCCUCUACAGCGAGGACACCGUCACCGAUGAGGAGGGUCGCUUCAGACUCAGGGGUCUGCUGCCGGGUUGCAAAUAUCUAAUUCAGCUGCGAGAGGAAGGCAACGACCACAUAGAGAGGGCCUUACCACAACACAGAGCUAUAGAGGUCGGCAGUAAUGACAUUGAAGGGGUCAACAUCAUCGCAUUCAGGCAAAUCAAUCAGUUUGACCUCAGCGGAAACGUCCACACAUCCCCUGAACAUCUGGCAACUCUAUCGGUGAAGCUUUGCAAGAGUGACAAUCUGGACAACCCAAUCAACAGUGUCUCUCUGGGACAGUCCCUCUUCUUCAACUUCCCUCCUCUGGACAGAGAUGGAGAGAGCUAUGUGCUGAUGCUGUACUCCACGCUGUCCCGCUCCCAGUACGACUUCACUCUACCUCAGGUCACCUUCACCUCCAAUGGCUACCACAAGCACGUCACACUCACCUUCAACCCCACUCGUAAAGUGCCUGACCAGGAUGUUGCCCAGGGCUCCUACAUAGCUCUGCCCCUCACUCUGCUGCUCCUGUUAGCAGCGUACAACCACGAGAAGGUAAUCCCCCUCCUGUUGCAGGUGGUGAACCGCAUCCAGGGAGUGAGGAGCAUGGCCCAGGCCAGCGGGGAGAGCGCCGCUCUGGACGAAGCCAAACGUCAGGCCAAGAGACAGAAGGCCAGGCGCACAUGAGGACACAACCACGGCUCACCUCCGACCACAUCUUUGUUCACUAAAAUGCACACUUGCACCCAUGGUUACAGCCUCGGACAGCUCGUAGAGGAGAUGCUGGUUCACUAGAUAAACGUCUUUUAAUGUUUGGAGUGGCGAAUUGUGGGUGCUAGUGAACUAUUUAGGGCACUAAGAUGUGAUAUGGCCCCGAGUGAAGCCCAGCACGGACCACUCUACGCGCACUACCACCAACCUCAUCAGCCGUUCAGAUGCACUGGACUUAUAGCUGACGAUUUUUUUUUUUUUUUUUUUUUUCCCAGAACACUCAUUGUCUAAGAAAAUUGUUAAUAUUUGUGAUAGAGUUUGAGCCAUUUUUAUACCUUUUGUAAUUUAUCUAGGUCAACAAAAAAUCUUUUGCUUGUGUUUUGAAAGGACUUGAAUGCUUUUGAUUUGAGUCCCAACAUAGUUUAGGACUAUCAGGCACUGUGGAAGAUCAUGAGUCUCUCACCUACCAGCAUUUGGGUCAAUUCAGAGAAUACACAAAGGGGAUUUUCAUCAGAAUGUGGCUUUGAUAAGAUCUAAUCAUGACUACCAGUAUUAACUUAAGGUUAUUUAAAAUGUAUAGUUUAAAUUGAUUUCUAUGGGAUCAAAUAAGGGUCGAUAAGAUUUAGAGCUUGACCAAUGAUUGUCAGAAAUCAUUUCAAAACUUGUGGUAUAUCACGCUUGUAAGGGGAACUCCGCAUGAGUUGUUUGUGAAUGUGUAGAGAAGAUUUGUGGUUAACAUUUGAGAAGAACACAUUUUUCACCAGUGAGGGUGAUAAACAAUCACAAGCUUUGUAUUUAUUUUUAAAUGUCAUUUCCAGAAUCUCCAAAUCUUUUUGACGCUUAUUUGACCCCAUAGCUUUGAUAUUAAACAGAAUCAGCCCCAAGCUGAAUUGACUUCACAAAUGCCAUCACAAAGGUGGGAUUGUGUAACUGCUAACUAUGAUUGAAAGACAGCCAAAGAUGAUCUUAUAAAUGCUUU